ACAAUUUGAAAUUUUAUCACUUAACUAAUUGGCUUGUAGACAUAAGAUAAAUGUGUCACAAGUCAAAGUCAGAGACUCGUCUGAACUGCGUCUGGGCGACCCGGAGCUCAGUUUUCAGGGGCACAAGCAAUUGCAGCAUAAGUAAAUAACCAUUCUAGAUUAGAUAUGCAAGUGACAGUAAAUCACACAAGCAAAUAAACUGGCGAGUCAAGUGAAUAAUGAGCUGCAAAAUAAAUCUUUUGUUACGCCAAUUUAUUGCGGAAACUUGUUCGUUAUAUUUGCAUUAUUGGAGCGGGACGGGGUUUGAGAUAUUCUGCGACGAUGAAUGGAAAUUAUCACUUGUCGGCACCAUAAACAAUCUGGGACAAUUCUUUGGCAUACCGCUCGGAGGUUUUGUGGCCGAUCGUUAUGGUCGCAGCUUUUCCAUUGCCUUGGGCGGAAUUUUGGGCGCCGUGUUGGGCAUUGUGCGCUCCUAUUCACCCAACUAUAUUUGCUUCCUUGUUUUUGAGUUUUUGGACAACAUGACCAGCAGCACCCUGUACUCAACGUGCUUUGUGAUUGGCAUUGAGCUGGUGGGCCCAAAGCGUCGUGUGCUCGCCUGCAGUGUGAUAACCAUUUUCUAUGCCAUCGGCGAAGUGUCCCUGGCCAUGUUCGCGAAGGCCUUUCCGCACUGGCGCACUCUGCUGCGAAUUGCCUACACGCCUUCGCUGAUUCUGCUCGCCUACUUCUGGAUUUUGCCCGAGAGCGUGCGCUGGUUGCUAAGUGUCGGCAAGGAGGAGCGAGCUCGGGGCAUUCUACGCCGAGCGGCCAGGGUGAAUAAGCGCAAGCUGUCGGAGAGUGCAUUGGACAAAUUGGUCAUAGCCAAUCGGGAUAAGCUCCAGCAGUCCGACGAGAGUAAAUUUCCCAUUCGUGAGGCCUUCAGCAAUUUUAAGUGGCGCAUUGCCAAUUGCUCCUUGUGCUGGAUUGUCCAUGUGCUGGUCUACUAUGGGCUCAGCUUGAACGUGGUGCUUUUGGAUGGCAAUAAGUACAACAACUUUGCUUUUAUUGCACUGGUGGAGAUUCCGGGCUUCUUUAUGCCACUUCUGAUCAUGGAUCGCUUUGGCAGACGCUACUCCCUGUGUGGUCUUAUGCUGUUCAGUGGCCUCUGUUGCAUUGGCACCAUUUUCGCCGGAGGCGAUCAACAAGUCUUGCAGCUGGUGCUCUUCCUGGUCGGUAAGCUGACCAUCACGGCUAGCUUCCAGGUGCUCUAUUUCUUCGCUUCAGAAAUCUUUCCCACUAAUCUGAGGAACAGCUUGUUGAGCUUUUGCUCCAUGAUGGGCAGAUUUGGUUCCAUGUUGGCGCCGCAGACGCCGCUAUUGGCCAAGUAUUAUACAAAUGCUCCAGCCAUUCUCUUCGCUUGCGCUGCCAUAUUUAGCGGAUGCCUGACUCUGUUCUUUCCCGAAACCACAAACCUUGUGUUGCCCACAACGGUCAAGGAAGCGGAUGCCAUUGGCUUCAAGAAGAAACCGCCAAAGGAUCAGAAUAUCAACGUUCCCGCAUAAUAGGCUCAAUUAAAUCUACAGACAAACUAAUUUUAAGACAACCACGAGACAGUUCAAAGACACAACUUUGCAUUAUAUAUCACUAAAUGCAGCAUAUAUUUACAUAUGUGCUCUACAUAUUUUUUUUCUCUUUAAAUAUAUUAUUUAUUUAUAAGCAACUUUUGAAUAGUAAUAAAUUAUAGCAUUGCAUGCUCCUGUGAGAGCCGAACAAUAAUAUCUGCAUACAAUAAUACUUGUCCUGACUACUUUAAGAUUAGGAUAAAUUUAAGUUUGACAUAGGUUUUCAUUAUAUUAAUUGUACUAAAUCCUUACGGAUCGUUUGACGCACGAUCCUGCGAGUCAAAAAGUGUGCUCAUACCAGAUCCUUAAGGAUUUCGCCGAGUUAUAGCCAAAAAUCUAUAUCCUUCUUAUAUAAAAAUAGCUCUAAGUGAGCAACAGAUAUAUUUGUCUGUAAAGAAGAAGGAUGUUGAUUGGCGUUAUCCUUGCGGAUGACAAGGACUAUAAUCUGUCCAAAGGGCAUUUUAAUCGUCCUUAUAGUUUCUGAGAUAUGUUAUUUUUUAAGUCACCUCAAGGACCAUCUUGAUGUCCUUUGGCCAACGUGCAGUCCUUGUCUUGCCAUUUUAGAAUAUGUAAUAAAAAGGACGAAAGUCCUUCAAGUAGCUGUGGAGAGGAGAUUUUUGUCUGUAAAGAAAGAAGGCUGUAGAUCGCCAGUAUCCUUGCGAAUCAUGAUGUUCUUUUACCAACCGAUAGUCCUCAUCCUCUCGAUUCAAAAUACCCAAUAAAAAGGACGAAAGUCCUUCAGACAGCCUAGAUAUUAGUACAAUUCUUUUGUAACUUACUAAAGCUAUAGCUUCGCCAAAUCCCUGCGGAUCCUAGCUAUUCAUAUGUCAAACAAAUCAUAUAAACAAGGACCACAAACUGUCCAAAGGACAUCAGAAUCGCCCUUGGUUUAGCUGAGUUAUGGCUAAUUUUCUAAAAAGGACAUUUUUCAAAUAGCCAUAACCCGGCAGAAUCCUUAAGGAUAACUGAAGGAUAUACCUUUUAAGGCUCGUAGUAAGUAGGACUAUCGAUUGGCAUUCAAGGAUUUCCAGAAUUCGACAAAAAAUUUCAUCGAAAUUUAUUCAAGGGGGUUAGUCGCAAAAGUGGCCAAAAUCGAAAAUAUCCGGUCUAACUUUGCCAUUUGAAGGACUAUAUGGAUGUCCUUUGGCCAGCAGAUAGUCCUCACCCUCCCAUUAAAGAAUUAACAACCCAAAGGACAAAAGUCCUUCAGACAAAAAAGUUUUAAGGACAAUUUUGUAUACCUAAAAUAGGCCAUAGCUCAGCUGUAUCCUUGUGUAUCCUUGCGACUCAUGUGUCAAAAAAAUUGUAUUAACCAGGACUACAAGCUGGCCAAAUUUCAU